UUUCCAGCAUUUGCUCUCUGCCUCUUUCUCUCUCUGCUUUCCUUUAAAUAGCGGCCAUUCGAGCUUGAGUGAGAGAGCUCACAAGUUUCCAUUCGCAGUCACUCGUCGAACUCAGGGUUUCUGGUUUCGCUCUCCUCUCGGCUCUCGUUCUCGGCAUUGUGCGACUCGCUCUGAUCGAGCCAUUCUCCAGAAUGGGUGGAAAGGCGAAGAAAAAUCAUCAUGUCUUGAAGGAAGUGUGCCACCAACACGGGACAUCCAAUUGCAGCGCGACUGCAAGGAAUCUUUGUAAAAAGGAUCUAGGCGGAGUAAUUUUGGGAUGCACUCACCAUACGAUUAAUGAGUGUUAUGCAAAGAAGCUAUUUGGUCUGCCUCGUCCACAUUAUGCGUAUGUUAAGAAGAUUGAACCUGGCUUGCCGCUUUUCUUAUUCAACUACAGCAAUAGGAAAUUACAUGGCGUGUUUGAAGCCACUAGCAGAGGCCAGAAGAAUAUAGAUAUACGUGCAUGGACGAAGGAAUCCUUUGAAGAAACCCCCUAUCCUGCGCAGGUUAAGGUGAGAACACGUAUUGACUGCCAGCCUUUGCUGGAAGAGCAGUUCCGACCAGUAAUAAUUUCCAACUACCACAGCACUGCGCACUUCUGGUUUGAACUUGAUCAAGAACAGACAACAAAAUUGAUAUGCCUGUUUUCAUCUAAUCGAAAUGAUGCAACUAUUCCAAGGGCAAAAUAUCCAGACGGAUGGAUCACUCUGGAUAAAGAUUUGCUUGCUUUUAAGAGUAGGAUGGGAGGUGAAAGAACCGAGACACCUCCCACUGGAUGGGAUCUUGCUCAGCCAAAUCAGGUUAUUGGAGACUGGAGGUCUAAUGAGAGUCCUAGGUCUGAGAAAGAGAGGCUAUUAUUGGGAUCUGUUAGCAAUGAGUUUGCAGUGCCAGAGCAUGAUGAAGCUGAUCGGAGUCGAACUUAUGCCAAUGCAAAUAAAUUGCCUCAAAAGUUGUGGAGUUCUCUAUUCAGGUCUGAUUCAACUUCCGAUGCUGGGGAGCAACCUCAAAGUUCCAAGUCUGUAGCUACAGAAGUGAAAGGAUUUGAUGACCUAACGGAGGAAGAAGCUGAUGACAUAGCAGGAUUUGCAGCUCAAGUUGGAGUUAUUGCUUCAGGUCAAUGCAAUCCUGAGGGCUCUGUGCCUGCUGCAGUUUGUACAAAUGCAUGUACACAUCCUCUUUCAUCUGAGAGUAGGAAGGAGUUUGAAGAGCAUGCAAGGUCGAAACCAAGUUAUGAAGCUGCUCAGGAGGCUUGGAUUCACGUUAGAGGUGCUUCGUCAACUUCUCAUGCAUCCAAUGAAUAUGAUGAAUUCAAGGUCGUAGAUCCGGAAACCAGAUUUUCUGCAUUUCAUUAUAGGAGCAUGGUAGGGGAUGCUUCAGUUGUUGCCCCUAACUUAAAUGGAGAGAGCCAUAUGUCCCAAAUUGAUAUAGAUAAGGAGAGGGAUGAAGAGAGACUCUGCAUAGAAAAGAAAUCUAUGGGUUUGUACGGCGUGAGCAAUUUGUCUAGUACUUCUUCUCAGCUGAGUUCAUCUACCCUGGCAGUGACAGAGACGCAAGGUCUGAUUCCUUAUGAGCCCACUUCUAGUUGUGGUUCUUCAUCCUCAAUGACCACAACAGAAAUUGUACGGGACAACCUGGAGGAAGGCGCUGAAGCACUGUCAGUUGAUGUAGAUGGUUCCGAAAUUGUUGCCGAGUUGCUGUGCAAAGUGCGAGGGCUCAUGUUAUCUCAGCUGGAACAAGCCCAAAGAUUUUGUCUUAUCGAGAAGGAACUGAGACAGAAAAUUUGCUGUCUAGAAGAUAGAUGCAAAGCAUUAGAGCUUAGGGAAUCUUCAGCUGUUGGGCCUGUCGCUGAAACUCAGUAUGAGAGUGUUUGCGAACCUUUUCCAUUUAAAAAGUCAAUAUUCAUAGUGGGAGGAUAUGAUGGUUCUUCCUAUUUAUCUGCCUCAUGUCUAUAUUCUCCUCAUGAGGAUAUGAUGACAUCUCUGUCUCCAAUGAGAUCUGUGCGCUCCCAAGCCUCAGUGGCAAAAUUAAGAGGCGAACUUUAUGUGUUUGGUGGUGUCCAUGAUGAUGUAUGGCAUAACACAGUGGAGUCGUACAGCCAGGAGUACGAUAAAUGGACUGAGCUGCCUUCAAUGAUUCGGAAAAGAGGAAGCCUAGCAGGGGUAUCUUUAAAUGAUAAGAUAUUUGCAAUUGGUGGUGCUGGUGCAGCUGAAUGCGAGCCUUUCUCAGUUGUUGAGAUGUAUGAUCCAGACACUGGAAGAUGGAUCCAUACUUGUUCAAUGCUAUGCAAGCGGCUUGCUCCAGCUGCUGCAGAACUGAAUGGCAUACUCUAUGCUGUCGGAGGAUAUGAUGGAGAAGACUACUUGGAGUCGGCAGAAAGAUGUGAUCCUCGAGAAUCCAUAUGGAGACCAAUAAUGGGCAUGACCACAAAAAGAGGGGGUCAUUCUUUGGUCGUUUUGAACCAAAAGUUAUAUGCACUAGGAGGCUACGAUGGCUCUAGAAUGGUGGCGACAGUCGAGGUUUUCGAUCCUCGUGCUGGUUCGUGGAUGAUGGUGGAAUCGAUGAAUGAAGCAAAGACAAAUCAUGGAACGGUCGUGAUUGGAGAUGUAAUAUAUAGCCUCGGUGGACUGAAUGGGGACAUGGAAGUACUCGACACGUGAUGGCGUGUGGGGAAUGAUAGGUGGAAUGUUACAAAGAGGGUCUCGGAUGGCGGGAGAUUGACCUGAAGGCUUUUGGAAAGAGGUGCUGCUUCUCGGCAAUCGCGGUGUGACAAGAUUGAGGGUCCUGCACAUUUGGUUCAGCGCAAUGUAAGUUGGAGUGGGGGAGCGUGCGAUCCGAUGUAAUCUCGUUAGGGAUUGCUUCACUUAUGGUGACGUAUUCAAGCUCUUUUAUCUGUUUUUUUUUUUUCCCAGUUUCUGCUGCCUUCAAGGGACAAAAAGCUUCUUUAAUAAAUAACGAAGACCUAAGGAUGUGGAUGUGAAUACGGUAAAAGUGAGUGAAUAUAAGCAAUGUAAGUUUCUGUCCUGUUCUCUUGAUUGCUGCAUUUUGAGUCUACAACAACGACCUUCCACACGUCAUGGUUGUAGCAUUAACGCUGCAAGUUCCCAGUGCAAAAUUUGCCAAA